AUGUCUAGUAGCACUCCACACCGACACGCCUCGGAUAGGGAAUUGGGAGCACCAUUCAUUGGCUAUGCUGUUGGGGCCGUGCUAUUCGGUAUCACUGUCCUCCAGGUUUAUCAGUACUUUACCAACUACGCCAAAGACUCGAGGCUAAGAAAGUGCUUUAUAACCCUUGUUUGUAUUCUUGACCUUUCGAGUAUGAUCAUAGGGACGAAGAUGCUCUAUACCAUCAUGAUUACCUAUGGGUCCGAAUCCAGCUCUGUUGGAGAGAAUGAUAGGGUCGUAAGGUCAGCAUGGUCAUUCAGCUUCUACAUGUAUCAAAUAUGGAGUGUCCCAGAAUCUCUAUUUGAGUCGGACAUUCGGGCGCCUGGUGAAGGUCAUAGUAGCAUGCACGAUUGCUUGCGGGAUAGGUAUGUCGUCGACUCGUCUACGGAGUACAACCGCCGUGUAGAAUUGAGCUUCGACAUCUUCGGUCUUAUAGGUGCCGGAACAGUGUUUCUCACCAAUGUCGAACAAGUCCAUUCUGUGCAUACCUUCACUCCUGCUCAAAUGAAUGUCUUUUAUUUCACCCUUUCAACGACGGCCUUCAUUGAUACUACGCUUGGGACGACUAUGGCCUCCGUCCUGUAUCACGGCCGUCCAGAAAAUAGAAGAUUGUUAGACAUCGUCAAAUUCCUCGUCGUCUUCUUUGUGGGCACUGGGCUUCUGACUGGUAUUGCGCAUGUAAUCAUCCUCGCGUUGUACACCAUUCUACCUGAAGCCCUGCUCUACAUGAGUGUGCAACUAUCUGUGACGAGGCUAUACGCCAACUCAAUCUUGGCACUAUUUAAUGCGAAGAAAGGAUUAAAUGAAAAGCUGGAAGAUCCCACAGACCUCGAUCUACCCGCUAGUGCGCUGUUAUUUGGAGAAAAUGGCGGAGGCCCUCCUAGUAGCUCUACUGAAUGA